AUGGAUGACCUGGAGUCGCUGGAGCUGUUGUCGCUCGUGUCGCGAGUGACCAACGAGCUCCAGAACUACCUAGGCAUUAACGACAAGACGCUGGCGGAAUUCGUGAUCGACCAGCAUCUCAAAUGCAAUGGCUCGUUUCCGGAAUUCAAGAAACUGCUUGAUGAAAUGGGCGCCGAGUUCCCGCAGAGUCUGAUGGAGAGUGUCGACCGGUUGGUGCUCACGAUGCACCCCAAGUACAAAGGGAAGAAACAGGAAAAUGGAGACUCGGGUGGCGGAGGCGGCGAUAUUAUGGAUGAGCUGGAUGCUCUGGAAAAGAAGUCCCGCGUGUUCAAGGGUCUUGCGGUUCCAGAUAGAGGUCAGCGCUGGGAGGAAGAUGACUACCUGGAUCGCCCAGCCGACAACGACACCGACGCGCAAGCUGGCGCCAUGGACGACACAUUCGCAAUGCUUGAAGGUCUGGCUGGAAAGGCCAAGGAUGAUAAGCCCCACGGCCCGCGAGACGACCAUCGCAGCAGGAAACGAAGUCGCAGCCCCGAUUACGAUGACCAUGACCGCGGACGCCGCCACAGAAACAAACACCGUUCAAGAUCGCGCAGCCCGCACCGACGCAGCAAGAACGACGAUUUCAUUGAUGAGUUCGGAAGAUCUAUUGGCAAAUAUGGCGACCGUGACAGCGAUCGCAACGGCCACAGCGACCGCCGUAGACACCGUGAUCGCGAGAGGAACGAAAACGAGGACUUCCGCCGACCCCCUCCUGUCGAGUUGGAUGAUGCGCCAGUUCUGUACAAGGUCUACGAUGGACAAGUGACGGGUGUGAAGGACUUUGGUGCUUUUGUCAACCUACGAGGAGUCCAAGGGAAGGUAGACGGCCUUGUCCAUGUAUCGGCGAUGCAAGAAGGAGCGCGAGUGAAUCAUCCAUCCGAUUUGGUAUCGCGUGGACAGCUAGUCAAAGUCAAAGUUGUCAGUAUCCAGGGAAAUCGCAUUGGACUAUCAAUGAAGGAGGUGGACCAGGCCACCGGAAUGGACCUUGUUCCGCAAAAGCGUCUGGCGUCUGGUGCUAAUAUGGAACGUCUCGAUGGCGCUCCAAGCCAGGACCGAUAUGGCAACCUUAGUUCAGAGGUGCCCGUCAUUGAGGGAUCAAAUGGCCGACCCAUGAGGAAUCGGAAACGCAUGACUUCCCCUGAGCGUUGGGAGAUCAGACAGCUCAUCGCAUCUGGAGUUGCAUCUGCCGCGGAUUACCCUGAUCUCGAGGAAGAGUAUCAUGCCACUCUCAAGGGUGAGGGAGCCUUUGAAGAAGAGGAGGAUGUGGAUAUUGAAGUCAGGGAUGAAGAGCCUCCAUUCUUGGCUGGCCAGACGAAGCAAUCACUUGAGUUGUCACCAAUUCGUGUUGUUAAGGCUCCUGAUGGCUCGAUGAACCGCGCUGCCAUGUCUGGCACUAAUCUUGCCAAAGAGAGACGCGAAUUGAAGCAGUCAGAGGCACAGGACAAGGCUGCUGAACUGGCCGCUGAAGUUGAUCUGAACGCGCAGUGGCAGGAUCCCAUGGUUGCGCCGGAGGAUCGAAAGUUCGCCGCGGAUCUUCGCAAUACCCAACAAAAGCCGGACGAGCCAAUUCCGGAGUGGAAGAGAGUAACUAUGGGCAAGAACCCGUCUCUUGGCAAGCGGACCGACAUGCCCAUCAAGCAACAGCGUGAGAGCUUGCCCGUUUUCAAGUUCCGCAAACAACUUCUUGAUGCCGUGAAGGACAACCAGUUGAUGAUUGUGGUUGGUGAUACCGGCUCUGGAAAGACCACCCAAUUAACCCAGUAUCUGGCCGAGGCUGGAUAUGGAAACAAUGGUAUCAUUGGCUGUACUCAGCCUCGUCGUGUUGCCGCCAUGUCCGUGGCCAAGCGUGUGUCAGAAGAAGUUGGCUGCAGACUGGGCGCGGAGGUCGGUUACACGAUCCGUUUUGAGGACUGCACCAGUCCAGAGACCAAGAUCAAGUAUAUGACGGACGGCAUGCUCCAGAGAGAAAUUCUCAUGGAUCCAGAUCUCAAAAGGUAUUCCGUGAUUAUGCUUGAUGAAGCCCACGAGCGCACGAUUGCCACCGAUAUUCUGUUUGGUUUACUGAAGAAGACCAUCAAGCGACGGCCUGAUCUCCGUUUGAUUGUCACUUCCGCUACGCUGGAUGCCGAAAAGUUCUCGGAGUACUUCAACGGCUGUCCUAUUUUCUCGAUUCCUGGACGAACAUAUCCUGUUGAGAUCAUGUAUUCCAAGGAGCCUGAGUCUGACUACCUGGAUGCUGCUCUUAUUACUGUCAUGCAGAUUCACUUGACAGAGGCGGGUGGUGAUAUCUUGGUCUUCCUUACGGGACAAGAAGAGAUCGACACAGCAUGCGAGAUCUUGUACGAGCGGAUGAAGGCUUUAGGGCCGACUGUGCCCGAGUUGGUUAUUCUUCCCGUCUACUCUGCACUUCCCAGUGAGAUGCAGAGUCGAAUCUUCGAGCCUGCCCCGCCUGGCGGCCGAAAGGUUAUCAUUGCUACCAACAUCGCCGAGACCUCCAUCACCAUUGAUAAUAUUUACUACGUCAUCGAUCCUGGUUUCGUGAAGCAGAAUGCAUACGAUCCCAAGCUUGGCAUGGAUUCACUUGUGGUCACACCUAUUUCUCAAGCACAGGCUAAGCAACGAGCUGGUCGUGCUGGGCGAACAGGACCAGGCAAAUGUUUCCGUCUAUACACCGAGGCUGCAUAUCAGUCUGAAAUGCUUCCCACCACAAUCCCCGAGAUUCAGCGGCAGAAUCUGUCACAUACCAUUCUCAUGCUCAAGGCGAUGGGCAUUAAUGACCUGCUUCACUUUGACUUCAUGGACCCGCCACCCACCAAUACAAUGCUGACUGCCCUGGAGGAACUAUAUGCCUUGUCAGCCCUGGACGAUGAAGGUCUCUUGACUCGCCUUGGCCGUAAGAUGGCCGAUUUCCCCAUGGAACCGGCUCUUGCGAAGGUUCUCAUCGCAUCCGUUGAUAUGGGAUGCUCUGAGGAGAUUCUCAGCAUUGUCGCCAUGCUUUCCAUCCAGUCGGUCUUCUACCGUCCCAAGGAGAAGCAGCAACAAGCCGAUCAAAAGAAAGCCAAGUUCCACGAUCCCCAUGGCGAUCAUCUCACCUUAUUGAAUGUGUACAACGGCUGGAAGAACUCCAAAUUCAACAAUGCCUGGUGCUUCGAGAAUUUCAUCCAGGCCCGUCAGAUCCGCCGUGCUCAAGAUGUGCGGCAGCAGCUUCUCGGAAUCAUGAACCGCUACCGUCACAAGAUUGUCUCAUGUGGACGGGAUACUACCAUGGUGCGACAAGCACUUUGCACUGGCUUCUUCCGGAAUGCGGCUCGCAAGGAUCCUCAAGAGGGGUACAAGACGCUCGUCGAAGGUACACCCGUGUACAUGCACCCAAGCUCCGCGCUCUUCGGCAAGCCCUCCGAGCAUGUCAUUUAUCACACUUUGGUGCUCACCACCAAGGAGUACAUGCAUUGCACAACCUCUAUCGAGCCGAAAUGGCUUGUCGAGGCGGCACCGACCUUCUUCAAGGUUGCGCCAACAGAUCGCUUGUCGAAGCGGAAGAAGGCCGAGCGCAUUCAGCCUCUGCAUAAUCGGUUUGCUGGCGAGGAUGAUUGGCGCCUCUCUGCUCAACGCCGGCAAGGCAGAGGUGGUGGCGGUGGUACUUGGGGUUGA